AUGCCUGAAAGGAAUAUACAGAAUAUGGGAAUAAAGACGAUACUUCUCAUGCAACAUGCUCUUCGUAAUCCAAGCUUUCCUGGCUCACGGCUAACACACGCAAAAGCGUUCGCCUUUGCAGCAUGUGAGGAAAAUGUUAACUCUAAAAAACAGUCGCUGAAGAAACCGCAG